UUUGUAUAUAUACGUUUUAAAUUGUGUUUGAGUGCUCGCUCGUUUUCUGGCUGUUUUGCAGAAUAUAUUUUCCAUACCAAGCUUGAGCUUCUCCUUCUAGAUAGCAGGUCUGGAACGCAUCAAUAGCUAGAUUGCUGGUCUUUGGUUACUGAGUCACGGAUUAAAUGAACUCGUGAAGCUUCAAACCUAACAAUUUGGCGACGAUGGUUCCCGAAACAUGGAUCCUUCCAAACCUGAACUAUUACUCGAUCAGCAGAUGAAAUGUAUUCAGAUGUUAGCAGAUGCAAAGCUCAUGUCUAAUUCUUUAACAAGCAGUUCUAAUCCUACUACUACUGCAACGUCAGUUGAUGGUACCGCUAACAGUAUCUCCAAGUCUCAUGACGAUCCGGAAUCCAAUGUCACGUUUGAUAUAUGGUUUCGGUGUUACAAAGACUUAUUCAAACUUGACUUUGCCAACCAGGAUGAUUGGAAGGUUCACUUGCUGCUUCGAAAGUUGGGUCCUAGUGAACUAGACAGGUAUUGCAACCUAAUUCUGCCUCUAAGCCCACGCGAUUGCUCAUUUUUGAACACUGUCCAGUCAUUGAGCCAACAAUUAGGAGACAACUCCUCACUAUUCACCGCACACUAUCAAUGUUUGAAGCUCAUUAUGAACGAAGGUGAUGAUUUUCUUACACAUGUGGGUAUCGUUAAACGAGAAUGUGAACGCUUCCGGUUGAAGUCACUUACUGAAGAUCAAUUUAAAGCACUCAUUCUCAUUUGCAGCCUUCAAUCGCAGAAGGUCCGUGACAUCAGAACACGUUUGCUAAGUCGAUUGGAUCAAGACCCACAACUAAACCUUAAUGAUAUUGCAACGAAUAUCAAUGCCUAACCACUUUACAGUGUGACACUAUGAUGAUCCAGCGUGGUGGUUCAGAUCGCACCGAAGUUCAUGUAGUUCAACAACUACGCAACACGCGUAAAAAUGCCACAGCGAAAUUCAGUUCAAGCCAACAUUACCUUAUAUCUUCUAUUCAUAAAAAAUAUAUUGUUCCUUCUCUAGCCUAACCUUGUUCUACAUCA